AUGAGCCUUCCCAUCCGUUGGACCACUCUACCAACACGCUUCUCGCUUUUAUCACUAUGCUUCUUGGGUUUAGCUUUGAAGAUUAACUGCUUUCCCGCAGACGGUUUGUCUACUCUCCCGGAGGACGAGUUUUCCGUAUACCAGCAAGCACGAAGUGAAACCGCUAACCUACUAAACGUGAGGGAUCCUCAAGCAAGGCCUACGUCAAGGAACCUGACUCCCGAUCAUCAAAUUACGAAUGAAUUGCUAUUCAUCAAUCGGCCCAAAUCCAUCGAGCACAGACAAGACCUUAUGAGCAACUGGCAAGACCCGCUAACCCGUGAAGAGAGAAGAGCCCAGAGGAUCGAAGCAGCAAAAGAUUAUUCGCCGUGGCAACUUGAAUCUGUCCGCAGUCAGCUGGAAAAUGAAUUGAGAUCGGCAAAUUAUCAUGUUUUCAUGGCUUUCGACUCCAAUAUUGGGCUUAAACCAAAAUACGAAAUAAAGCUCAAAGAAAUUCAAGCUCAAAUCUUCAAAGGUCUCAGCGCGAUUUUCCAUCCCAAUCCUCCUAGCCGGCUGAACCGGUUGAUCAACAUAGCUUCCAGGGACAAAUCUCUUCAAGAAAAUAAUGCACCUUUGGUAUUAAACAUCUUGCAUGGAUUUGAAAAAUCGUGCACCCUUUUGCAGGACAAGGAAGCAUUCGCAUCUCAAAAAGUCAAUGUCGAAGCUCUCUCCUUGAUCUACCUCAUGAACGACCUUUUCGUUGAAUUGCUUGCAGGUUUGGAUCAAAAGGGUCUCAUCGGUGACGAGUUAAUCCGCGACAUUCUGAACAAGCGAAAUGGAGGCCGCUGGAUAUUCAAUUGGCUCAUUGGCCGACACCCUCCUACUCGCCACAUUCCAGACACGUACUUCAUCUUCGACUUGAAGUCUAGUAUGAAAGAAAGCCCUUCCACUCGUCUGAUACAUGAACUCUUGGAACAAUUGGAUCCAGAAAGUUGGCGCAAUAUAGAACGCUUAUAUUUGGACUGCCAAAUAGCAACCUUCGCUUCCUUGCCUGACAUCUCGAAUUUGGGGAAAGAAUUCCGCAUUCUCACUGCCCCUGGAGCGUUCCAUGAUUUGGAUGAACACACGAUUCAGACGCUUUAUCAAGUGUUUUUAAAGAAGGUGAUCCAUGGGAUUUUCCCAGAAUCUACUCAACCCUUAAAGCCAACCUCAAUCGACAUGCAAGAGAAUCUGCUAGUAAGAGCAAAGACUUUGAACGAUAUGCUACGUUUCAUCGUCCAACAUCACGUUGAACCAUCGAGCUUAUCCCAACAUUACAUGGCUCAAAUCCGACAAAUGGCCGAGUUUCCAAAAAUCGAAGCUUUAGAGAAAGUCGUCAUGCUUUAUUCCGAGUCACUUCGCGUAACGUAUCUCCAACUUGCUAGGAAGUUGCUACAGCUGCCUGAUCGGAAAUCAGACGCGUUCAAAACACACGGAUUGGGAGUCAUUCAAAAAAACUUUUUGGCGGACAUAUGGCAAAGGGAACGACAGUCGAUCUUCAAAAUCGACACAUUUUCUGAAGUACGAGACGAACGUGGAAAGUCCUUUCUGCUGCCAAACAUGCCCAUGUCAAACGACCUGAACCUGAACAUCGAAUCGCUUGGGUUGGGAACCCAUCUACCAGAAGUGAUUAACAUUCUUGUGCAAAAAAUUCAAACAAUACAUCAAGGGCUUCAGAAAACUCCUGGUCACACUAAUUCGGAACUCCAAAGGUUAGCAUCACUCCUUGAAAUUUAA